AUGUCCGAGGAUAAUGCAAAUAAGGAUGUAGAUAUGCUCUCCGAAGAGCACGCCGUCGAGGAAGAAGAAGUCGACAGAGACAAGAUCAAACUCUUGCCCCAAGCGACUUCCGACGACGGCACAUGCGCUUCUUUCCAGAUUAACGAUGAAGACCACACACUUGGAAAUGCACUCCAUUACAUCAUCAUGAAGAACCCAGAAGUCGAAUUCUGUGGGUAUUCCAUUCCUCAUCCCUCAGAGAAUUUACUGAACAUACGUAUUCAGACAUACGGUGCUAUUACCGCUGUCGAAGCCCUCCACAAAGGCCUUCAGGACCUGAUGGACAUGUGCGACGCCGUAGAAGACAAAUUCACACAGCGCAUACGGGAACUAUAA